GCAGCAGGGCGAGCAGCAGGGCAAGCAGGAGGGCAAGCAGGAGGGCAAGCAGCAGGGCAAGGAUUCACAAUGUUCACCGCAGCCUGCCUGCGCUUGCUCCGUCGGCAUAAACUCGGCCCGCACCCCGAGCGGCACUAACCCCGCCCACGUCGCCUGCGCUCGUACUCCACCUCGGCGCGACUCCGAUCUUGCUGUUCUCGGCCCACAGCCAGCGCGUAACACUCCUCCAGCAGCUCGCUUGGCAGUCCUGCGCGGAGCACAGUGCUCCGUUUUCGCGUCGAUGGCGAAGUGGAGGGCUGCUAGCGCAAGUGGUGGAAGGAGGCGAAUGUGUACCAGAGCAUCGUUCAAGGACCACGCCGCGAACGGGCACGGCACUUUGCGCGGCAUCGCGUCGCAAGUGCCGUACCUGCACGACCUGGGCAUCGACAUUGUGUGGCUCUCGCCGGUGUACGCGUCCCCGCAGGCAGACAUGGGGUACGACAUCAGCGACUACCAGGCAAUUGACCCGCGGUACGGCACGCUCGAGGACUGGGACGCGGUGCGCGACGCGUGCCAUGCGCGCGGGAUGAAGCUCGUCAUGGACCUGGUGGUCAACCACUCGAGCGACCAGCACCAGUGGUUCAAGGAGAGCCGGCGCAGCAAGACGGACCCGAAGAGGGACUGGUACUACUGGCACCCGGGCAAGGUGGUGGACGGCGUACGCCAGCCGCCGAACAACUGGCGCAGCCGGUUCGGCAGCGGCUCGGCAUGGGCGUGGGACGAGGCAAGCCAGGAGUACUACCUCCACCUGUUCCUCAAGGAGCAGCCCGACCUCAACUGGACGAGCCCCGGCCUCCGGCGUGCAGUGUACGACAUGAUGCGGUGGUGGCUCGACCGCGGGUGUGACGGGUUCCGCUGCGACGUGAUCAACUUUAUCGCCAAGGCGCCGGGCUUCCCCGACGCGCCGGUCACGGAUCCCACCAAGGAGUUCCAGUUCGCCGGCGGGCUGGCGGUUAACCGGCCCGAGGUGCACACUUACCUCAAGGAGAUGUACACUGAGGUGUUGUCGCACUACGAUGCCGUCGGCGAAUGCCCAGGCAAGGACUCGCCCGAGUCGUUCGCGGCCUACUCCCGCCCCGAGAACCACGAGUUCCAGAUGGUCUUCAACUUCCACCACCAGUACUUUGACCGCGACGGCGCCGAGCGGCGGUACAAGCCCGACUGGGUGCUGAGCGACCUGAAGAAGCUGUACAACCAGUGGCAUGUGGAGCUGCCUGCGCUUGGAGGCUGGUUUGCCAACUAUAUCGAGAACCACGACCAGCCGCGGUUCGUGUCCCGCGUUGGCUCGGAGGGCGACCUGCGCAACAAAUCCGCCAAGCUCGUCGCCCUGCUGCACAUCACGUUGACUGGCACGCUCUUCCUCUACCAGGGCCAGGAGACGGGGCAGGUGAACAUGCCCGCCGACUGGCCCGAGAGCGAGUACAAGGACAUCGAGGCGACGCAGCGGCUCGAAGGCGAGCGCGCGUACCUUGACCGGCUGGGGGCCACGCCCGAGCAGCGCAAGGAGCACAUGGCGCGCGUGUGGCGCGAUAUCCGGAGCGCGGGGCGCGACUCGCCGCGCACCCCGAUGCAGUGGGACGAGAGCGCGUACGCUGGCUUCUCCAGCUCGGAGCCAUGGAUGCGCGUGCACGACGACUAUCCGCAGUGGAACGUCGCCAAGCUGCGCGCGGACCCGGACAGCGUGUGGAGCUUCUAUGCCCGUCUCCUCCGCCUGCGGAAGGAGCGCCUCGCGCUCAUCUACGGCAAGUUCAUCCCGCUCGACGCCGACGCAGACGACAACUACUCGUACGUGCGCCACGACGAGGCCAGCGGCGAGAAGUACCUCGUGCUCCUCAACCUCGGGCGCGGGGAGCAGAGCGUCACGCUCGACCCGGCGAGCUGGGGCGUGGAUGUGAGCUCUGCGCAGCUGCUCGUGUCGAACGACGACGCGAAGGAGGGCGAGGGGAUCAGCGGGCCGGUCGAGCUCGCGCCGUACUCUGGGCGCGUGUACACGCUGGCUGAGGCGCUGCCCAACUAG